AUGUUUAGAAAGCCUAGCGACGUUCGCGGGAAGCAGCUUUUGUCAGGAGCGGACAGAAAAAGGCUGCGGCGAAAUUUCCGAGACAAGUUUCCAGGAACCACUGACGAGCAGCUGGAGGCGAUCGUGCCGGCCAAGGCUGACGUGGCGGUGACGAGGCUGGCGAAUCGCGUGCUGGUGUACGGACUCGAGAACGGGCUGCCCAUGCUCUUCGAUUGCGACGGCAGGGGCAACGAAAUAUAUCCCACUGUGUUUGCGCUGUGGCGUGUACCCGACCUGCUGCCAUCAUUCCUUCUCACGGGCGAGGACGUUUCCCGCUAUCUUCUCUCGGGGGCUGACCUUAUGGCGCCGGGCGUGCAGGUGCCUGUCGAAGGUUUGCCGGCGUUCCAAAAAGGGGAGGUGUGGUCGGUGAAGGUUCCAGGAAACUCCUGCCCCAUUGCUGUGGGCAUGACAAUGUUAGGGAGAGAAGAGGUUAUCCAGUCAGGCAUGAGAGGAAAGCUUCUCAGAAUAACCCACUCUUACCGCGAUUUGUUAUGGGAGUGUGCAAGAGGAUCAUAUGUGCCCAACAAGGGCUUCCUGCCCAAUAUGGUUGCGCCUGACCCUGAUGCACAGCCCACACUGUUGGAUGCAGCUCCUGCUGUUGCACCUGAAGAUUCACCUGAAGCUUCACCUGAAGAUGACUCUGGUGCUGCUGCAGCUUGUGGAGGAGAGAGUGAGGGGAUAGCUACUGGAAGCGGCACCAUCACAACCACCACGACGGUAGAGGAGGUGUUCAAACCGUCUCUCCACGUGGCUCCUGUGUUUGAGUCCGUAGGGCUCGACCCACACGCCUUCUACUCCGCCUCAGCUGUUCGCAACGCUGCGCUCUCCUACAUCUCCCUCCACUCGCUCUCCGAGCCCUCCGACCCCUCUAUAGUCGUCCUCGAUGCAACGCUCUUCGACGCACUGUACAAAGGCGCGAUAAAAAAGGGCGCGACGUACCCAGCACAGUGUCCCAAGAGGGACAUAGGCCCCAUGUUGCUGCAGCGAAUGCAGGCGCAACACAGGGUGGAGAGGGGGGGGAGGAGCGUGGAGCGGAAGGGGGGGCUAGAACCAGUGGGGAUAUUUGUGAGGGGGCGACAGGGCAGCAGGAGAGUGACACGGGUGACAGGCGUGGAGGCGUAUCUGGUGGAGGCUGAACCUCUUGCUGCUGAGCUGCAGAAGAAGUUUGCCUCAGGCGCGUCUGUGGCUCAAGUGCCAGGUACGGGGAAGCAUGAGGUGUUGAUUCAAGGAGGAUUUUCGGAUAAGCUGUCUCGACUGCUUGUGAAUGUGCAUGGCAUCCCAAAAUCCUAUGUCACGGCAAGGUGA